AUGUCCGGGCCGGCACAGGAUGAGAGGGACCCUGACACCGCCUCCAGCAUCCUCUUUCAAAGCGACGACAAGUCUGUCGUCUUGCUAGAUAUCCCACGCUCACUCGAAGAGGCACAAGUUCUGCCCGGCUGCCGACUGCGGCGCCGGGUCUACUCGGACGCGCCGCCGACUGCGCCCUUUCCGACACCGGAUCCGAAGAGGAGUCGACGUCGGGCUCGUCCGGCUGGCCGUCCCCCCGACCCCGACCACGCGUCUGACAAUGGCGGCCCCGGUGCCGCACACGACUUGGCGGCGCAGACCCCUGCUGCCCAAAUAGCCGAUCUGAUGACUGCGGCAACUGUUCAACGUGCACUGCAAGUGCUGUGCGACAGGCACAGCGGCCCAUUUCAUCUUCCUCGCAAACAUUUUCCCGCGGACACGGAGGGUGUCGAUGCGAAUCCAUCAACCGCGCUGCCGGUCCAAGACGCCACACCGCUCCACGGGUCCAUCCAGGACCUGAGACAAGUCUUCGUCGACACCGCGCCGGCAUUCAAGCUGGUCGUGCUUGACCCUCCGUGGCCAAACCGCUCUGCCAGGAGACGCGGCGACAAAUACGCCACCGCCACCAAUCUGGAUGAAAUCCGAGCUUUGCUGACGAGCAUACCCAUGUCAGCGCACCUCGCGAGCGGUGGCCUGGUGGCCAUCUGGAUCACCAACAAAGCCAGCAUCCCCGAGCUUCUCACCUCCCCGACGGGGGUAUUUGCCGCGUGGGGCGUAGAACUUGCCGCCGAAUGGACGUGGCUCAAGGUCGCGGCCACGGGAGAGCCUCUCUACGACGUCGCGUCCGCCUGGAGGAAGCCGUGGGAGAAGCUCCUCGUGGCCAAACCCGUCGGGGCACCGGCGCCGCCUGGCCUGAGAGCCAAGGUCAUUGUCGCCGCGCCAGACGUGCAUUCCCGGAAGCCAAGCCUGCGGCUGCUCUUCCAAGACGUUCUGGGACAACAGGAUUACCCCGGCCUGGAGAUAUUUGCCCGCAACCUCACGGCCGGGUGGUGGAGCUGGGGAGAUCAGGUCCUCCAUCUCCAGGGCCAACAGUGCUGGGAGCAAUUACCGUGA